GAAUACUCCAGCAUUCUCUGUGCUACUCCGUAGUUUGUACAUGCUCUUAUGUCCUGUCUCCCAUGACCUGUGAUUCCCAGUCUUUUCGAGCUUAAACUAAAAACGAUCCAAUUUUCUCCACAAUUUCAUGCUUAACUUUCCUCAUUUCGAGGGAUAUGCUCUGUAGGUCUAAGCUAAUUUAGGCAAAUGGAAGACACGAACAUUACGAAGGGAAGUUCCUUGGGCUCACAGUUGCUGGAAAAGUAUGUGAAUUGUGAAUAUGUAGAGUUCUUGAAAAGACAAUGCCCUUACAGUGUUGUCGGGACUGUGGCAAUUGCUGUGAUAAUACCUCUAUUGCUUUCAAUCUUAUGGAUGGGAAGGAGGAAGGUGAAGCAAAGAGGAGUUCCUGUGCAAGUUGGUGGUGACGCUGGUUUGGCUAUGCGUAAUGCUAAAUUUAAGGAGCUAGUAGAGGUUCCUUGGGAGGGGGCCUCAACUGUUGCAGAUUUAUUUGAGCAAGCAUGUAAGAAAAAUGAAAACCAUCGUUUUCUUGGAACAAGAAAACUAAUUGAUAAGGAAGUGAUUCAAUCUAGUGAUGGAAGGAAGUUUGAGAAGGUGCAUUUAGGUGACUACCAAUGGGAAACAUAUGGGCAGGUUUUUGAGCGCGCUUGUAAUUUUGCAUCAGGACUUGUUAAGCUAGGUCAUGAUCUUGAUACCCGUGUGGCUAUUUUCUCUGAAACACGAGCUGAGUGGUUUAUUGCUUUGCAGGGAUGCUUGCGACAGAAUCUUACCGUGGUCACUAUGUAUGCUUCAUUAGGCGAGGACGCUCUAAUCCACUCCCUAAAUGAGACUCAAGUAUCAACCUUGAUAUGUGACUCGAAACAGUUUAAGAAGGCAGCUUCAAUACUUUCAAAGUUGGAAACAGUUAAAAACAUUAUUUACUUUGAGGAAGAUAAUGCUUUGAGUGAUACUGGCAUUUAUGAUGAUAUGGAUGACUUGAACGUAUCAUCUUUUCAUGAAGUUGAGAAACUUGGGAAGAAUCAUCCUUUGGAGCCAAGACUUCCUAAGAAGGAGGAUAUUGCUGUUGUUAUGUAUACAAGUGGCAGCACAGGAUUGCCUAAGGGAGUUAUGAUGACUCAUGGAAAUAUAGUAGCAACUGCUGCAGCUGUCAUAACUGUGGUUCCUGGUCUUGGAAGAGAUGAUGUGUACUUGGCAUAUUUACCUCUAGCUCAUGUUUUGGAAUUGGAAGCUGAGACGGUAAUGUUGGCUUCAGGUGCUGCAAUUGGUUAUGGCACAACAUUGACUUUGACUGAUACCUCAAAUAAAAUAAAGAAGGGAACCAAGGGAGAUGUGUCCGUACUACAGCCCACUCUCAUGGCAGCAGUUCCAGCUAUCAUAGACCGUGUCCGUGAUGGGGUUCUUAAAAAGGUUGAAGAGAAGGGAGGUUUUGUUAAAACACUAUUCAAUAUUGCUUAUAAACGUCGUCUAACUGCUGUAGAAGGAGGUUGGUUUGGUGCUCGGGGACUAGAGAAAUUGCUAUGGGAUGUUAUAGUUUUCCGUAAAAUUCAGUCAGUUCUUGGUGGGCGCAUUCGUUUUAUGCUUUGCGGUGGAGCCCCGUUAUCUGGAGAGUCGCAACGUUUUAUUAACAUCUGCAUGGGGGCGCCUAUUGGACAAGGAUAUGGUUUGACAGAGACUUGUGCUGGUGCAGCUUUCUCUGAGUGGGAUGACACUACUGUUGGACGUGUUGGUCCUCCUCUUCCAUGUUGCUACAUUAAGCUUGUUUCUUGGGAAGAAGGUGGAUAUACAACAUCAGACAAACCAAUGCCCAGAGGGGAGAUUGUGAUUGGUGGGCAGAGUGUGACAGUUGGCUACUUUAAGAAUGAAGAUAAAACUAAAGAAGUCUACAAGGUUGAUGAAAGUGGGAUGCGCUGGUUUUACACGGGUGACAUUGGUCGAUUUCACCCGGAUGGAUGCCUUGAAAUCAUCGAUAGAAAGAAAGAUAUUGUAAAGCUUCAACAUGGAGAAUAUAUCUCCCUUGGAAAGGCCGAGGCAGCCCUUAUGUCAAGCAAUUACGUGGAAAAUAUUAUGGUACAUGCAGAUCCAUAUCAUAAUCAUUGCGUAGCACUUGUUGUUCCUUCACAUUCAGAAUUGGAGAAGUGGGCUCAAGACUAUGGCAUCCAGUACAAAAGUAUUUCUGAGCUUUGUGACCAUCCUGAAGCAAUCAAGGAAGUCCAAGCAUCCCUGUCAAAGGUUGGAAAGGGUGCAAAGCUGGAUAAGUUUGAAAUUCCUGCAAAAAUUAAGCUGUUACCUGAUCCAUGGACUCCCGAUUCAGGAUUAGUCACAGCCGCCCUUAAGUUGAAGAGGGAGCAACUUAAAACCAAGUUCAAGGAUGACCUUGAAAAAUUAUACGCAUGAUGGAAAUGGGUAAUUAAUUUUACUUGGUACAAAGUUCACACUUUCGGCCUAGGUUACUCCUGCUUGGCCUGACUUGUAAUCUGUGGCUCUAUGCUUAAGGUUUUGUGCUGGUAAAAGACUGAAUUGUUUACAGGGCCUUAUAAUUUUUUUUCCAUUGUAAGGUUCAAAAGCAUGUCUAGCUGAGCCAAAAGACCUUUUACUUUUUUUGUGGAUAGAAUGAGAUGAGGUAUUGUUGAUGAAUACUGAAAUUUUAAGCUAUUUUGCACUGUCAGCUGAAUUAGAUUUUAUAAUUUGCUCCUCCAGUUCUGAAA